AUGGAAAUCAUACAAAAGAAUGAAGCCUUCAGAAGGAUUGAUGGCAAAGUGGAAUUUUCCUAUGUCCAGAUUUUUGUUCGAGAAAAUGGCAUACUGUAUUCCGGGAAAUGGACGAAUCGAUUACAUUUGCCAAAGACGCUGGACGAUCUCCAAGAAGUCAAGCAAAUUUCAACUGAGGACAGGGGCCCACAAGUCCAUACCACUUGGUCAGCGAUCUAUGUGAAAACACCAAGUCUCCUCGCGUAUGUCGAUGGAAAUCUUGAACAGCAAAUCGCUCGCGAAGUCGAAACCUGCGAAAUUCUUCGCAAGAAUCCCCACCCGAACAUCGCAACCUAUUAUGGCUACAAGGAGACUCACGGCCGAGUCUCUGGGCUAUGCUUCAGAAAAUAUACGUUGACGCUACUUGAGGCGGUCAAUCCCCAACGCCUGGGCAAGGUUGCUUUCCUGUCAAGUGCGCGCGGCCUGGUGAACGCGAAUAUGAAAAGUAGCCUAGAAGGGCUUUUGGCCGCCAUCAAACACCUUCACUCGCUUGGCCUUGUCCAUAAUGAUAUCAACCCCGCAAACAUUAUGCUUGAUGAAGAUGGUACGUUUGUUCUCAUCGAUUUCGAUAGCUGUCGAUACAUCGGUGAAUCGUUGCGCCACACCCAAACGAAAAGAACCCACCACUGGCACGAUCCUGCUGUCGAUAUUUCGCUUGAAAAAAACGACCUUGACGCUUUCGGAGACCUUCAAACUUGGUUGAUUGGAUCGGCGGAUGAGACCUUUUUGUUCAUUUAA